AUGGAUUUCAAGCUCUGUUAUCAGCCUCAUAGUGGAAAACUAAACCAUAUCUGUGCCAGUGUAACCCCUCUCUGUGGGUCCUAUUCACAAACCUGCUCCGAGCGGGUCUCCGGCAUGGGAGGCGGGUCCAAUAACAAGGAGGCUGAAGACUCUCCUCGUUCUCCUCCAGAAUCCUAUCGACCGUCUCCCUCGUGUCGUCCUGUGAAGUACUGGUGUGUGGUUGUGGAAGUCGUCAUUGGCAUCGUGUCCAUCGGAUCAUCUUAUGUUCAUCAGGGAGAUUCUGUCACUCUAAACACUGAUCUUACUGAAAUACAUAAAGAUGACGAUAUACUGUGGAGAUUUGGAGCUGAAACAUCUCUAAUAGCUGAAAUCAGUAAAGCUGCUGGAAUCUUCUCCACAUAUAGUGGUGCUGAUGGGAGAUUCAGAGACAGACUGAAACUUGACAAUCAAACUGGAUCUCUGACCAUCACAAACAUCACAACUGAACAUGCUGGAUAUUAUGGAGUACAGAGAAUUGGAGUGAAACUGUCAUCAAAAACAUUCAGUGUUUCUGUCUAUGCUCGUCUGCCUGUUCCUAUCAUCAGCAGAGAUUGUUUAUCAUCAUCAUAUUGUUCAUUGUUGUGUUCAGUGGUGAAUGUGAGUGAUGUGAGUCUCUCCUGGUACAAAGGAAACAGUUUAUUGUCCAGCAUCAGUGUGUCUGAUCUCAGCAUCAGUCUCUCUCUACCUCUGGAGGUGGAAUAUCAGGAUAAAAACACCUACAGCUGUGUGAUCAACAAUCCCAUCAGCAACAAGACCACACAUCUGGACAUCAACAAACUCUGUCACACAGAACCGGUCCAAUGCUGUGUUUCUACUGAAGCUGUGAUCCGAUUGGUGCUCUCUGCUCUAGUGGGUGUGGCUAUUGUCAUUGUUCUAGUUUAUGACAUCAUAUCCAGAAGAGCUGAACAAGAUUGA